UCCAUGCGUCGUGCUAAUCGGGGAACAGUUGGAGGAUACUUUCUGGCCGGAAGAAGCAUGUCAUGGUUUCCUGUUGGGGCGUCUCUCUUUGCCAGUAAUAUUGGCAGUGGUCACUUCGUGGGUCUGGCUGGCACCGGGGCAGCAAGCGGUCUGGCUGUGGCUGGAUUUGAAUGGAAUGCGCUCUUUGUGGUAUUGCUCAUGGGUUGGGUUUUUGUUCCUGUGUAUCUGACAGCUGAGGUGGUGACUAUGCCAGAGUACUUGAAGAAACGUUUUGGAGGGCAAAGAAUCCAGCUAUAUCUAUCAGUGCUCUCGUUAGUCAUGUAUAUAUUUACUAAAAUAUCUGUGGAUAUGUUUUCUGGGGCCGUCUUCAUCCAGGUGGCGUUGGGCUGGAAUAUAUAUGUGUCGGUUAUAGCCCUGCUGGUGAUCACCACCAUAUACACUGUGACAGGUGGUCUUGCAGCUCUAAUGUAUACAGACACAGUACAGACAUUUGUGAUCAUCGGAGGGGCUUGUGUUCUAUCUUCAUAUGCCUUUCUGGAGGUUGGGGGCUAUGGUGCGCUCAUGGAGAAAUAUAUGGAUGCUGUACCAAGCAAUUUGGGCAAUAUGUCGGCUGCUUGUGCAUCCCCAAGACCUGAUGCUCUACACCUGUUGCGUGAUGCUUAUUCUGGAGACCUGCCAUGGCCAGCUCUCAUAGUGGGACUGACCAUUGUGUCCACCUGGUACUGGUGCAGCGACCAGGUGAUUGUUCAGCGCUGUCUGGCUGCCCGUUCUCUAACACACGUCAAGUUGGGAUGUGUGCUGUGUGGCUAUCUGAAGAUUCUUCCUAUGUUCUUAAUGGUGAUGCCUGGAAUGAUCAGCAGAGUAUUGUAUGCAGAUGAAGUAGCCUGUGUUGUCCCAUCGGAGUGCUAUAAUAUUUGCGGUGUGGAAUCAGGAUGCUCAAACACAGCCUACCCGAAGCUGGUGGUGAAGCUGAUGCCGAGAGGUCUCCGAGGGCUGAUGCUGGCGGUCAUGCUCGCGGCUCUCAUGAGCAGUCUCGCCUCUAUAUUUAACAGCAGUGGCACGCUCUUCACAAUGGAUGUUUGGAGGAAGCUGAGACCUCUGGCCCCGGAGAGAGAGCUGCUUCUGGUGGGCAGAGUGUGGACAGUAUGUCUGGUGAUCUUCAGCAUCGCAUGGAUUCCAGUGGUUCAGGCUGCACAAGGGGGACAAUUGUUUGAUUAUAUUCAGUCUGUGGCCAGUUUCCUGGCUCCACCCAUCGCGGCGGUGUUCUUCCUGGCGCUGUUUGUGAAGAGAGUGAAUGAACCAGGCGCAUUCUGGGGUCUGAUUGGAGGGCUGUUCCUGGGUCUGUGCCGCAUGGUGCCUGAAUUUGCCUUUGGAACAGGAAGCUGUGCUGUGCCCAGUGCCUGCCCUGUGCUGAUCUGUGGCGUGCAUUACCUCUACUUCGCAAUUAUCCUCUUCUUAUGUUCUACACUCAUCAUUCUGGCUGUGUCCUACUUAACCCCUCCAAUCCCAGAUUCACAGCUCCACCGCUUAGUGUUCAGCCUCCGGAACAGCCAGGAGCCGCGGGAGGAGAUGGGAAAACCAGGUAAAGGUCUCCAGAUCACACAGUACAUAGGGCUCUCCACACUGCCCAGCAUCAAGGAGGACCCCAAGCUGGCCCGUCUCGCCAAUGUGAACGCGCUGAUCAUGAUGACCUGCGCCAUCUUCCUCUGGGCGUACUAUGCUUAA